UUCUACAUAGAAAUAAUUAGCAAAGACGAAGCCCCUGUGAUUAUUGACCCGACCCCACCUGAACAACAGAUGUUUACAGUCUUCGUUGGGUCAGACCAACAGAUCAAGGUCGUAGCAAAACCUACAAAUCCAACAAGGACUCUUUCAACGUUUUUCUUCACACGACGUGAUGGCGUCGUGCCACAGACGUCGCCGGUAACAGACGAAUCAUCGAUUGAUCCACUUGCUAAAGGUCAGGCAGUAUUAUGGACGCCUGUACCCUCUGACAUGGGGGACCACAUCCUGUGUGUGAGGGUGGAGGACAGCGCUGGAUAUGAUGCGCUACCCAGAUGCUUCAUCAUUCGAGUAAAAGCUGCUCCAGUUGGAGCCGGAUCACAGAUAGUACCGGGAAAACCAGUGUUCCUUCACUUCCCGUCUAACGGAGAGAUUUCCUGUUUGGUCGGAUCCAAUUGCCGUUUCCCAAUCUACGCUUUUUCAUCUACGCCAGGAGGAAUAACAGGAAUAUCUUUAACCAGUUCAGACGCCGCUGGAUGUCAUAUCAGUCAGAUUAAGGAUGCCAGUACCAUACACACAGAAGCAAAAAUGGUUCGAUUUAACAUUUCAGGAUCCUACGGUUGGCAAUAAGAAAAUUUGUAUGACUGCAUCAGAUGCGAAUGCUGUUUUAAUGAAAUGUUUUGAAGCCGUAGUCCAACCAAGAGAUCCAUGUGAAACACAGCCUUGUAAAAAUGGUGCCGAGUGUGUUACGAACGGCGACAAAACAUCCUAUGUUUGCAUGUGCCCUCCUGGGUUCAAGGGUCUUACUUGUGAUAUAGCUCCGGAUAAAUGCAUCCCUAACCCAUGCAAGUUUGGAGCCACGUGUCAUCAUUUGGGAUUUCAGAUUGAAUGCCUGUGUACAAGUGGAUACUGGGGCAUACAUUGCGACAAUAGUAUUUUAUUAUCACUACUUUUUUCAACAUGUAUCUUUUUAUUUACGAGUCUUCGUCUGAAGUACUGAUACUUUUUUGUAAAUCGGCACACUAUACUUUCAGGCUUUUAUAUAUAAUUUUGCUAAAGCACCAAUCUGUUACUUGUGAAAUGAAAUUAUUGCUGACGACACAUCCUCUAUAUCCCAGCGUAUGCGU